AUGACCGAACCAGUUGAAGAUUUUGAGCUUUCUGACGACAACUCUUUGAAAAUUAUUGUUGUUGGUGAUGCGAGUGUGGGUAAAACUUGCAUGUUGAUUUCCUACAGUAAUAAUGAAUUUCCAACAGAGUACAACCCAACAGUUUUUGAUAACUACACUGCCAAUGUGGUGUACAAGGAAAAGACUGUGACUCUAGGCUUAUGGGAUACUGCAGGAACAGAUGAAUACGAUCAAUUACGACCUCUUUCUUAUCCCGAUACUCAUAUCUUUGUGAUUGUUUUUGAUGUAACCAAUAAGGAUUCUUUGGAGUCUGUCACGAAAAAAUGGGUUCCUGAAAUUAAAGAACACACAAAGGAUCGACCAGGAGGUGUACCAUUCCUGAUUGUAGGAAACAAAUUGGACUUGAGAAAUGAUCCUAAGGAAAAGGAUAGAUGUGUACCAAGAUCUGAGGCUGAAAAAGUCAAACAAAAGACUGGUGCCGCUCGUCUGUUAGAAUGUAGUGCUAAAACACAAGAAGGAUUGAAGGAUGUUUUUGAACAAUGUAUUGAAGUAGUCAUAGAAAACUAUAUGAAGAAGAAGAAGGGUGGAAAGAAAAAUGAAAAGUGUACUCUUCAAUAG